ACUAGUUCAAAUUCUCUCUCUCUCUCUAUAAGAAUAUUAUAUAAGAAACGCAAGUUUCUUUAUAUAACAUACAUGAAAAUGGUGAACAUGGGUUUGACAGAGAAAUAUUUCAAGUGGUCACAAAUAGUCUUGGCCAUGUUACUAGUGCAAGUCUUCGCAACCGGAAUGCAACUUCUGUCAAGAGUAAUACUCGUUGAAGGCACCUUCAUUUUUGCUCUCAUGGCUUACCGCCAUGUGGUUGCUGCGAUUUGUGUUGCUCCUUUAGCUUUUUACUUCGAAAGAGGUCAGGAAAAGAAGUUUGGUUGGUGGGUUUGGUUCUGGCUCUUUAUCAAUGCCUUAACCGGGAUAACAUUCGCUAUGGGAAUGUUCUAUUAUGGUCUCCGAGACACCACGGCUACAUAUGCCACUAACUUCCUCAACUUAAUUCCAAUCGUCACUUUUAUCUUGUCCAUCAUCACUAGAAUAGAGAAGUUGAAACUACACACUAGGGCGGGUAAAAUGAAGACGCUCGGGGCAUUAUUAUGCGUUGCUGGAGCUUUAACAACCAGUCUUUACAAGGGAAAAGAAUUCUAUAUUGGUCAUCACCAUAUUGAGUCCCAUAUCACUGUCAAGACAGCUGAUGCUCAUUCGGCACGUGGCACGUUCUUGUUGGUCGGGAGUUGCCUCUCCUAUUCAACAUGGUUCAUAGUGCAAGUUAAGCUGCAAAAAGUUUUUCCAUUCAAAUAUUGGGCAACUAUGUUGACAUGCAUUAUAGCAUCCUUACAAUCAUUGGUUAUAGGCCUAUGUUUGGAUAGACACAAAGCUGCGUGGAAAUUGGGCUGGAAUCUACAACUCGUUACUAUAAUCUACUCGGGAUCACUUGCCACAGCAACAACAUUCUGCUUACUCUUAUGGGUAAUCUCAAAGCGAGGCCCCACUUAUCCUUCCAUGUUCAACCCGCUCACUCUAAUCUUUGUGGCUUUAUCAGAAGCUCUAGUACUUGGUGAAGCCAUCAGAGUCGGAAUUUUGCUUGGCACGGUGUUCAUCCUACUUGGGUUGUACUCCUUUUUGUGGGGACAAAGAAAGGAGAUGAAAAGCUUGGCUCAGCAAAGGGUAGAAGCUGAUGAGGAACAAGGAAAAACAAACAAUGAGCCUGCAGGAUCACAGUUGACAGCCACAGUAGUGCCAAGUAGUUCUCCUACUCUAGACAAUAAUAUUGGUAGUGACAUUAAUGCUAAAGAUCAAGCUGUUCAUAAAAGCACUGUAUAGUAUUAGUAUUUCUUUAUCAGUACAUUACUGUAGGUUUAUCACAA